AUGACCAAAAUCUUCCUAACCGGCGCAACAGGCUACAUCGGCGGCGAAGCGCUGUACGCCAUCCACAAAAAACACCCCGACUUUUCAUUCUCGGUCCUGGUGCGCGACGCCAGCAAGAACGACACCAUCAAAGCCGCAUUCCCUAGUGUGCGGAUUGUGAAUGGCGCCCUCGAUGAUUUCGAGUUAUUGAAGAAGGAGGCUGCUGAUGCCGAUAUUGUCGUUCACACGGCCGAUGCUUCCGACCAUGUCGUCGCCGCGCAAGCAAUCGCCGCGGGCCUCGCAGAGGGCCACUCCGCCUCUAAACCAGGCUACUGGCUGCAUACCGGCGGCACCGGUAUCCUGACCUUCCGCGACUCCGACCGCAAAGUAUUCGGUGAAUACGACGAUAAGAUCUACGACGACUGGGAUGGUGUUGAUGAAUUGACGCAUUUGCCUGAUCAUGCGUUCCAUCGAAAUGUGGAUCAGAUUGUGUUAGAGGCUGGGACGAAGAAUGGGGAUAGAGUUAAGACGGCAUUGCUGUGUCCGCCUACAAUUUACGGCCCUGGACGAGGCCCCAUCAACCAAAAAUCGCGCCAAGUCUACGCCCUCGCCAGCAUGACGCUCCAAAUCAAAAAGGCCCCUCUACUCGGCGCCGGGAAAUCCGUCUGGAACAACGUUCACAUCCAUGAUUUGGGAAAUCUAUUCGUCCUUCUGACCGAAGCAGCCAUCGCUGGCCGCCACGACAACGGCCUCUGGGGCACCGAUGGAUACUAUCUCGUCGAAAACGGCGAGCACGUCUGGGGUGAUGUCUCACGCUCCAUUGCCGAGAUUGCAGCCAAGGAAGGCUACAUCCCUGCACCGACUGUUGAGACGGUCGACGUCGAGACUUGCGAGAAAUUUGCGGGUUAUCAGGCUCUGAGCUGGGGCAUGAAUUCCCGCGGAAAGGCGAGGAGGGCGGCCAAGUUGUUGGGUUGGAAGCCCGUGGCGCCGAGUUUGGAGGAAGAGUUGCCGGGGAUUGUGAAGUUGGAGUAUAACGAUUUGAAGAAAUGA